AUGAGCCUUUUCUCUACUCGUGACGAACAAUUCCACCGAGAACAGAAGCGGCCUAUUGCGAAUGCUUAUAGUCUUACUUCGCUCCUUGAGCUCGAACCAGCUGUCGAUUCUUGCACGGAGAUUUUCCGCUCUCAGCUGCUCAGUUUCGCGGAUAAGAAAAGACCAAUUGAUCUGGGGGCCUGGCUACAAUACUACGCCUUCGACGUGGUGGGUGAAUUCACUUUCGCGAAGAAAUUGGGGUUCCUACAAGAAGGCCGCGAUGUUGAUGACAUGAUGAGUGGGAUUCAGGAUAUCUUAGUCUAUGCUAGCUUGUGCGGGCAAGUCCCUGAAGCGCAUAAGCUUCUACUUGGAAAUCCGCUUAUGCCAAUUCUUAUGCCGAGGUUGGAAAGUUGGAACAAGGUUCUGCAAUUUACGUUGAAACAAGUGAAUUCGCGGACAUCCUUGAAGCGAGAUGGGGAGUUGGAGAAAGGCGAUCUAGAAAAUGGGAAGGAUAUGCUAUCGCGAUGGAUGACGAUCCACAAUUCCAAUCCGGAGAAAAUGAGCACGAGAGAUGUCAUCGUGCAUCUUUCCACAAAUGUUUUUGCGGGUUCUGAUACAACAGCUAUCGCGCUUAGGGCGAUUAUCUAUUUUUUGCUUCGCAAUCCGAAGGCCAUGAAUAGAGUAAUUGAUGACAUUGAUGAGGCUGAUAGGUUGGGACAACUGAGUAAUCCUAUCUCCUACAAGGAGUCGACAUCUCGCUUACCUUACUUUUCGGCCGUUAUGAAAGAAGCGAUGAGACUUCAUCCGUCCGUUGGGUUUAUUCUGGAACGCCAUGUGCCAGAGGGUGGACUCAUGGUCUGUGACAAGCACAUUCCUGCUGGGACGACCGUUGGUAUCAAUGCUUGGGUUCUACAUCACGAUCCAAAGGUGUUUCCGGAUCCUGAAGAAUUUAUCCCAGAGCGUUGGCUGGACAGUAAUAUAGAAAAGUUGAAAGAAAUGGAGCAGAGCUUUUUCGCGUUUGGUGCUGGAUCUCGAACUUGCGUGGGGAAGAAUAUCUCGCUCAUUGAGAUUCAUAAGAUUAUUCCACAGUUAUUACGGGACUUCACCUUUCAGUUACAUGCGCCGCAGGAGGAAUGGAAGACGAAAAAUUCAUGGUUCGUCCAGCAGGAGGGUCUUGUAUGCGAUCUGAUAAGAAGAUAA